AUGGUGUUGCUGAGUCCAUCGAUUAGUGCACUUAGAAAGCUGCUUGGGAUAUGUGAGAGGUAUGCAGUUGCACAUGGGCUCAAGUACAACAUAAACAAGAGUGAGCUCCUUGUUUUUAAGCCGCGUGGUGGUUCUGUCGGGACAGUACCGCCCGUCUACUUGUACGGAAGUGAACUCAAACACGUGUCAGAGUUCAAAUACUUGGGCCACUGGGUGACUGCGGACCCCUCAGAUGGCAUGGACAUGGAAAGGGAGAGACGCUCCACGGCUGUGCGUUGUAAUAUGCUUGCCCGCAGGUUUGCACGGUGUACAAAAGAAGUCAAAAUAACAUUCUUUAAGGCUUACUGCCAGAGCUUCUACACGUGCAGCCUGUGGGUAAGAUACACGCAGAGUACUCUCAAUACCUUGAGAGUACAGUAUAAUAAUGCUUUCCGGAUACUGUUGGGUCUGCCGCGCUUCUGCAGUGCAUCAGGUAUGUUCGCGGAGACUCGAACCGAUGGCUUUCACGCCAUAAUGCGGAAGCGUACUGCCUCACUGAUGGGGCGGUUGCGCGGUAGCUCCAACAGCUUGCUACGUGUGCUGGCCGAGAGGCUAGACUGCCCGUUCCAACACCACUGGAUGCUGAUGCACGUACAGCGGUAG